UGGAAGAAAGACGAAUUGUGUGCAGUGCAUGCAACGGUGGAAGCUACAAGCUUACUCCAUUAGUGCUCUCUGAGUACAAAUAUACACAACAAAAAUGACCAAACUGCAGCUUUUGCAUCGCGCUCUAAAUGAGCGCAUGAUGGCGGCAGUGGAACAGAUCAUGGAGAUGGUCGGUGGCACCGUGCUGGAGUAUGAAGAGGAGACGGCACGGGUGCGGAAAGAAAACGAAGUUCUGAGACGGAGGCUACAAUCGAUGGAGGACACAAAUCGCGCGAACUGGCCAGGCCCGUAUGACCCUGUCAGUCUUUCCACCCUAGAUGAGUCGACUCCAUCCCAGCAGGAGCAGUGUGCUGUCAGCUUUGAAUUUGAACAGGAAUCACAGACUGUAUUGAUCAAAACCGAGUUCGCUGAUGACCCCCUGUAUAUUAGACCUGUAAACGCCUUUGCCACGUUGCCUCAAAGCACUGAUCAGGGAUUUCCCAUUGCUGGGACAAGUGCUAGUAUUACCUACAGCCAGACAGAAAGUGUGAAGUGGCCCUCUAGCCAAAAUUACAUGGAACCCCUGGAGUUUGAUCCAACUCCAUCCACCAUGUUCACGUACGGGGCAGCGCGGGGCAAAAGGCAGAGGAUGUCCUUUGCUUGCCCAGAUUGUGGUAAAGUCUUUGGAAGGGAACAGACGCUAAUGUUUCACUUGCGGACCCAUUCUGCAGCGAAGCCAUAUGAGUACCGCAGGCGCAAGGCAUGCUUCUAUGGUGACGGUUUAAGAAAGAGGAAACUGCGGGGGCUCUCCCAGAUAUCAAGAGAAAAUACAGGUGAUGUUUCGGAUGGCUCUGGUCAGGCAAACAGGAGUAGGCCGUCAGCUGAAAAUCCAGCUGAAGAACAGGAGUUAGACAGCGUGUCUACUAACAGUAACCAAACCAGCAAUGCUAAUGUCCCAGAAAACAUUGCCUCCAACCCUGAGCCUCUUCAACGCAAAAAAGUUAAAAAAGGUCUCAAAAAGAAGUACAAUUGCUCAAUGUGUGGUGACAGAUUCUCUACAAGCGAACGACUGGAGUUUCACAUGAACAGCCACGAGGUGAAUGCAGUGAAGUCACCUAACCCGCCAAGCAAAGAAGAAGGACAAAAGAAGGUGGCCAGAAGUCGACACAGCUUCCCUUGUCUAAAGUGUGACAAAGUCUUCCGUCGCUUACACACUUUCAACUCCCACAUGAGGAUGUCACAUCUUUCUGAACAAGAAGACAUUGACGGUGAAAGUGAAAGUGUUGAAGUGCCCCAAAAAAGAACAAAGAAAAUCUGCUCUUGCCCACACUGUGGUAAAGUGUAUACUAUGAAAGGCUGUUUGAGGACACACAUUCGGACUGUUCACACUAAGAAAAUAACAAGUACUUACUUUCAAAUCAUGUCUCGCUUCGGUCGGACAAGGUCGCAGAGGUCUUUAAACCAGCAAUUGAUGAAGACCGCUGAUGAAGCAACAUUACACGAUGCUGGCACCCAUAUCUGCGAAAUUUGUGACAAAGUGUUUGCUUCAUCAACAUGGCUGAUAAAGCACAUGUGCAUCAGCAGGAAAGAAGAGCAGCCUGUUCUCAAAAAAGAGUCAAAAACUGGUGAGAUGCAGCGCAAGAAAGGAAGGGCCAAUAAAAAGCCUUCGAGGAAACAAGCAUCUGAAGAGUCCGAAGGUGACAAAAAGAUGGACAGAUCCAAAAUGCCUAUCAGUCCUGCCACCUGCAACAAGAAACCUAAUCCCAAAAAUCCAUAUGGGUCUGUCCUCUUUAGCCACCUUAGUCUGCAGCCCAAGGUUGUUCUGGAACCAAUCAUGCCAAAACGCACGUACUGGAAUACAGUCCCCAGCAUAGACGCCUGCAAAUCGAGCUUUAAUGUUGUACAUACCUCAUCCCCAGCUCUGGCUGAUAACAAAAACGUUAAUGUUACGGAAGGACAGACUGCGGAUCAUUGCUCAAGACCAGCUGGAUCAUUUAGUCAAGACAAGAAGAAAAAGGUUGAAAAGAUCUGCAGUGUUAUACCUGAGACAGACAUUGUCUGUGUGACCAUUGGACCUCCACAGAACGACUCUCAAUCCGAGUUAGUAAACCAGGAACACUAUAUAGUGAUAGAUGAUGAACCAGAGACAGAACCUAUAGGAACUAAGCGUAAAGACAUUUCUGGGAAAAAGUUGAAGACUGCAGUUUCAAAGUCCGCAUUCCACAAAACCACCCGUAGAGUCACAACAAAGAUCAGCAAUCCAAGAUUAUCUUGUCUUGUAUCUAAUCUUGUCUUUUCAGACUCCGAAGAUGAUCUGGAUGUUACUACGAGUCCUUCCAAAGGUUCUGACAAGAAGAAAACUGCCAUGCUUGAUAAAACUCGCUCUAGUAAAAAGCAUGCAAAUGACACUCAAGAAGUGAUAGUAAUAGAUGAUGAACAACAACAGACGGUGACACAAACCGGCUUAACAUUGACCAGUUCCGAGUUAAUACCUGAUGCUGAAAAUCACUCAAAGAAACCUAGAGGAACAAAGCGAACAAGGUUAUGGGUCAACAAACAGACUGCAGUUUCAAAGUCAGAUUGUAAAGACGACAUAGAUGAAGACUCUUCCAAAGGUUUUGAUGAAAAUCACCCCAGUGUAUGUCUACCAAAUGACUCCCAAAUUUUGAAUUCUGAAGCUGAAUCCUUAAAGGCUGAUGACGCCGCUAAUAUCAAAAGUAUUGACAGUGUGUCACAACAAACUGAUGGGGAUGGCUCCGUGAGUCAGGAGGAAUCAUGUGAAACAUCAGAGUUGAUAUUGGCUGGUCGAGGAUCUCUCUUGCAGCACAUGCGAGCUCAUGCUGAUAAGAAGCUACUAGAUGUGCAGGAUAUCAUUGCCGAUGAUAAAACAAAUAAGCCACCAAGUGUCAACGUUAAGAUGUCAGAUAGGGAUGAUUCAGAAGAAUCUGGAGCCUCGGGGAAGACUGACUCCUCUGUAAAAAAUGUGAAAAGUUCUGAGGAAAUUGACAUGCUCUCAAGCUCCCUCGCAACCAGCCAAAGCUCCAAAGACAGAUGCACGUAUACAAAGAGCGGCUGGAAACAAAAUAAAGAAGAUAGUUUUUGUGAAACAGCAUGUAAAUCGCAGCUGAGCCAGACUUUAGAAUCAGACAUUGGUACUUCCGUUCUUCAGGGAUCAUCGGUAGACCAAACAGAUCACCCUCAACCUGAUGGCGAAUUGAGUGCUGUAAACCAACCUUGUGUUUCAAACGUUGGCUGCUCUGACACACAACAAAUCGUUGCUCAACAAUCUGAUUGUGAUUUGCACAAUACUGGGCUAAAUGAAGACAUAAAACUCUCCUCAAGGCCGAAAGAAGAGGUAACAUCAGGUGUUGUUUCUUCGGAUUCUUCCUCCUCACAAGAUCUGCAAUCAAAUAGUACACUCAGUCCAGCCAUUGCUGGUGAUACACAGCAAACCCAAGUUUCAGAUGUACAAAGGGGCAUCUUUAUUGGCUCAGGCAGCUCUGAUGUGAAAACUUUUACAGAUCCAGAUAGCUGUAAUGCUGAACAUACCCAACAUUCCCAGCCUGAAAGGAUUGGAAGUCCAGACCCGGACAGAAGAGGAACUCCACCAGAUCCCAACCUAAAUCCUCCUGUGCAAGACAUCAAACCCGCAGGUCAAACAUGUUACCCUAAAUCCAAAGAUUGUGAUCUCACAGAGGACUCGUACAAAAUGACCGGGGAUGGCAGUGAUGAUGCUGCUGAAGCUCAACAAAACUCUGCCACAUCAGUCACCGGCCAUAACAAGAGAAAAAGAGAAGCCGAUAAUAUCAGUCCAAAAGAGGAGUCAAAAAAAAGGCACCCAAGUGCACACCCUCAGCCAUGGAACGUGGAUGAUGACUCGCAGGGUGAUGUGGAGAGUGUUAUACCAGACUCAAAGGUAUAUGCCUGUCAGCACUGCACGGCAACAUUCUGCAGGCAGUACACCCUGCGCAGACAUCAAUAUACUCACACUGAUGAGAAGCCGUUCUGGUGUCAUCAGUGUAAUGUGGGCUUCAUUCAGAAGUAUCGCCUUUUACAUCAUACAUUAAAAUACCAUGACGAAGGGAAAAGGCCAAAGAGAAGAGUCCAUGGUGAAAACACAACAACCAUAGAUGAAACUAGCCAAAACCUAUCAGCGGAGAGUCCUGGACACUUAUCAGAUGAUGUAAAAAUAGAAGAUGAUACUGCAUCCACAAAUCAAGACACACAGACAGAAGAGUUCCAUUCAGAAGAAGCACGUUCUCUGUUGCAGCUGGAAUGACACGGAUUUGACACAAUUUAUGUGAUUUUGUAUUGUAGUCUUGUUUAUAAACAAACUGUGCGAUAAUACCUUGGUAUAAAGUCCACGGUACAAUAUUUAUUGAAAUAUUUAAAAUGAAAAAUAAUGAUUUGGAAACGUGCCAUAAGCAUCCUCUUUUCCUUAUCCUCUAAUCAUAAUUUAGAGGUAUGAGUUAUAGGCCCGGUUUCACAGACUAGUCUUAUUUUAAACCAGGACUAUGCCUUAGUUGGAUUAGGAUAUUUGAGUCACUUAUAUAAAAAUGCUUUAGAAAGAAACAUUACCUAUGUGCAUCUUUAGACAAAACAAUAGCACUAACAUAUUUUACGAUAUGUUAGGGCAAGUUAUUUUCGGUUGAGACAUUUUUUUCAUUUAAGUCUGGGACCAGCCUUAAACCUUGUCUGUUAAACCGGGCCAUAUAUGAGGGUCAAAUGACCUAAAAAUCCCUUUUAUCAAAUAUAAUAAUUGCACCAGAUGGACCUUGCCAAAGGUGUAACAUCUAUUAUUUUUUCUAACAUUCUCUAUGUUAGGCCCGGAAGACCUAUCGUUUCAUACAGUCAUGUGACCAUGAUCAUAUUUAAACAAUUUUGCCACUGCGAUAACACGAUAUCGAUAAUAUUGUUACAUCCCUAUUAAAAACAGUUAUUUGAUCUGUUAAUUUAAAUGAAAUUUUUAUUAAAAAUGUUUACAAUCUCAAUCUGAUGUGUUAUGCUUUUUUAUGGAAUGCUUUUUAACCUACUGUGUUGUGUAAAUCCUGUUUAUUAUUGAGAAGCUGAAAUAAAUCACUUCAAGUUUCGAAGAAUGUAAGGGUGUAUUUUUUAUAUGCAGAAGUAAGAUUUUUGACAGAUCUUUCAAGUACCAAAACGAUGUGUGCUACAUUUAUAUAUCCGUUUUAUUAUCUAUUUUAGGGAGUGUAAUGAUUUAUUUGGCACUUUAUUUAAAAACUGCACUUCCCCUCCCGUCCAAAAGAUGGCGCUAGGCGUCAUUUACUUACAUCAACCUUUUUCGUAGUGGUCGCGUGUUUUUAUGUUUGAAGGAGGGAACUUUAAUAAAUUCGUACUGGUCCUGUUUUUAUGUUCAUCGGAAAAAAUACAGCGAUUCUUACCAAGUAAUAAAAUGACUAAACUGGAUCGUUUGAACACUUUUAUGACGGAGCGCCUAAUGGAGGCGGUGAAGGAGAUCAUCCUCACAGUCGGCAGUACAGUGCGGGAGUAUGAAGAGGAAACCGAGCGAAUCCGAACCGAAAACGAACGGCUAAAAGAAAUGUUACGGGCUUCAGGAUGCUUCCCUGAACACACAAAUGCAGCUCUUCAGUCCUUUCAGCCCAGACCGAUUCCCAGCCAGAAAGAAGAACUGGAAUAUCUUGAAAAGAUCCAACAAAACCAGUGGCAGGCACAUCUCGAACAACAAAUAAAACCAGAAGAGCCUGCAUGCUCCGCCGACGCUUACCAAGAAUCUACAGCUUUGCCAUCGAUAGUUGACAACAAGGACCUGUGUGCAUCUGACACAAAUCCUGCUGAUGAUGAUGAAAUUACAGACUUUCCCAAAAAGAUUAAAGUUGAAAUAAACAGCUUGUGUUCAGGCGAUGAUAUAAGAAACACUGAGGAUGCAUAUCAGAGUUGGUCACCGCAUAGUCCAGACCUCCCUUUAGGGAUGGCGGACUUCCACAGAUCACAGCACCCAAGUCAACCCACACACACUACCAAUGAAACUCCUCCCACUUUAUCCCAGCAUAGCAGUUUAUCGGAUGGUGCUCAUCACUUGCCCUAUCACAACAUAUUAUGUACCAACAGCUACAACUGUAACAGUAAAUGCUGUGAAAUGCAAAAAAGGACAAUAGCCAAAUCUAGUCCUGUAUGGAAGUAUUUUUCUCUCAAACAGGGCGAUUGUAGCAAAGCAGUGUGCCUUAUGUGUAAAGCUGUCAUAUCCCGUGGCCGCAAAGAGUACACCACGUCAGCUCUUUUAAAACACCUUCGGAUGAAACAUGGUAAAUGUUAGCAUCAUUUGUUAUUUGAAUGUUAAGUAUGUAUGUGCUGUAUUAAAUUCAGAAGUCAGGAA